ACGAAUAUCAACAUCGCUGAUCAGAAUGUGCCUAACCCACAUGAUGAUAAUUACGACCGGUUGUCCGACACGUACCUCAUUAGAAAGACUGCGGAUGCCGAUAAUACUGAGGAACACUGUUCCUUCUGCUUCGAUGAUUGGUAGAUCGGGGACGGGAUGGUUCGACUGCGCUGUUGCAAUCACUGGUUGCACGAAUACUGCCUAUCUAAGUCCGUUCUCGAUGACUGUUGCCCCACUUGCAGAAUCCGGCUUACUUCAUUAAAUGAUGUGAUGGUCCUCUCAGAGGCUGCUUCAACGGGAGAUAUUCUAAAGGUCAAGGAGCUUUUGGAAAGGGAUACGUGUUGUACGGCGCAAGACUUCUACGGCAGGGCACUUUUACAUUUGGCGGUUCUAUUUGGACACGAAGAGGUGGUCAAGGAGCUGCUUGACCAUGGAGUCGACAUAUCCAUCAGUGAUUUAAAGGGGCGGGCAGCGCUCCACCUCGCGGCACAGCGCUAUUCUCCAGACAUUCUAAGGCUUCUCCUGGAGAGACGAGCUGAUAUAGCUGCUCGAGAUUGCGAAGACUACUUGGUCGAGAAGGGAGCCAAAAGAGACGCUAAGACCGAAUACGACCUUACACCGGAGAUGCUUCAUCCUCACAGUGCGUAUUCAGAAGCAAUGAGAUUGUUAUCACAGUAGAAAAUAUCCUCUGGUUUGAGUUUUCAGCAGUUUGGGUAAGGCUUGUUUUGGAGCUGGUAAUGGACCCUUGCGUGCUCAAGCUCCUUGUCGAAUUGGACCGUGAGA